UGCUUUGACCGAUGCCUUUAAAGAGACCUGCAGUCGGUCUCGCUUUCUGUUUGCUCCAUUUGACUUCCUAUUUCACCAACAAGUAUGUCUUGUCUGUCCUGAAAUUCACCUACCCUACCCUUUUUCAAGGAUGGCAGACACUAGUUGGCGGACUUCUACUGCACAUUUCCUGGAAGUGGGGCUGGGUGGAGAUGAGCAGCAGUUCAAGGACUGAAGUGAUCUCAUGGCUUCCAGCUUCUGCACUUUUUGUGGGCAUUAUUUACUCAGGUUCCAGGGCACUAUCCAGAUUGCCAAUUCCUAUCUUUCUUACUUUACACAAUGCUGCAGAAGUUAUUACCUGUGGAAUCGAGAAGUUUGUGCAGAAAGAGCAAAUAUCUCUGCUAAAAAUCUGUAGGGUGCUGAUCCUUCUGGUAGCAGCAGGGUGCCUUCCUUUCUGUGACCCACAGUUUGAUGCAGAUGGCUAUUUCUGGGCUGUCAUCCAUUUGCUGUGUGUUGGGGCUUACAAAGUGUAUCACAAAUUGCGAAGACCUAGUUCUCUCAGUGACUCUGAGCAACAAUAUAUAAACUAUGCAUCCAGUAUGGUGGUAUUGGCAUUUGCAUCCCACCCAACAGGUGAUCUCUUCAGUGCCUUGGAUUUUCCAUUCCUGUACUUCUAUAGCUUUCACAGCAGUUGCUGUGCCAGUGGUCUUCUGGGAUUCCUUCUGACUUUACAGACAAUAAAGCUUAAAAACAGCACAUCAUCCGGACAAUAUGCAGCUUGGAACUGUUUAGCAAAGGUUAUCACAGCUGGUCUGUCCCCAAUCAUCUUUGAGAUGGUAGUGAACGUUUCAACAGCCUGUUGUCUUUUUCUUGGUGCAUUUGCUGAAGUCUUGCUUCUUUACACUGAAAGGAGUGGCUCAUGAACAGGGACAAAUGGAGGAAGAA